AUGGACCCGGCCUGGGAUGCGUGGGUCAAUGGUACGCUACAGCAGCUUGAUGACCGGCACCUGACGCGCGUGUUGCGGCCGCUAAUGCCAACGCAGUCAGCGGUCGAGGCAGGCAUACAUUCGCAGCAGCUGGAUGCUUGGCUCCAGGGCGCACCGGCCUGCGACGAGCCCGGCAGCUUGACGGGCCUCCAGGCCGGCGCUGCGGCGCUGGGCGCAGCCAGCAUCAGCACCGGCAGGGGGCAGAGCGGUGCUCCGCCCCCCCACCUGAACUCCAGGCAGCAGCAGCAGCAGCAGCAGCAGCAGCAGCAGCAAGAAGGGCAGCCCAGAUUACAAUUGUUUGGUUUAAAUGACUACUUGGGGCUGUCCACCCAUCCCGACGUCUGCAGGGCGGCGGCGGAAGCGGCGCUGGCGACGGGCAUGGGGCCGCGGAGCAGCGCGCUGGUGUGCGGCUGGACGCGCGAGCACCGGCUGCUGGAGCUGGAGAUAGCGCGGCUCAAGGGCACCCAGGACUGCCUGCUGUUCCCGACAGGCUAUGCGGCCAACAUGGCUGUGAUGACGGUGCUGGCGGCCGCGGGCAGCAGCAGCAGCGCUGGUGGCAGCGGAGGCCCCAGCUCACAACAUCAUCCCCACCAUAAUCAUCAUCAGCAGCAGCAACAGCAGCAGCAGGCCACCAGCCCCGAGGUCGUUAUAUUCAGCGACGAGCUCAAUCACGCUUCAAUUAUUGACGGAGCCCGGCUUGCGGCGCGCGGCGGCGGCGCCGUGCGGCUCGAGGUCUACCGCCACAGCGACCUGUCGCACCUCGAGCAGCUGCUGAGAAGCUGCCCAGCGGGGGCAAGGACGCUGGUGGUGACGGAUGGCCUGUUCUCGAUGGAUGGAGACUUUGCUGACCUCAGGGGCCUGGCGCGCCUGCGGCGCCGCUAUGGGUUCCUCCUGGUUGUGGACGACGCCCACGCCACCCUGGUCUGCGGCGAGCACGGCGGCGGCACCGCCGAAAUGCAGGGCGCGUCGGCCGCGGUGGACGUGCACGUGGGGACGCUCAGCAAGGCGUUCGGCUGCCUGGGCGGCUUUGCGGCGUGUAGCUCGCGGCUGCGGGCGCUGCUGCUGAACCGGGGGCGGCACGUGAUCUUCUCGACGUCGCUGCCGGUGCCGGUCGUCGCGGCGGCUCGGGCGGCGCUGCGGGUGGCGCAGAGCCCCGUCAUCCCGCUGGUCAUCGGCCUGGAGGCGCCCACCAUGGAAGCUGCCCGGCAGCUGCUCGCCCAGGGCUUCCACGUGGGCGCCAUCCGGCCGCCCACGGUGCCGGAGGGCACCUGCCGACUGCGCGUCAGCCUGUCCGCGGCGCACUCCUUUGCUGACGUGGACGCUCUGGCGGACGCUCUGCUGCGGUGCCGCGCGGGCGCGGCCGCGUGGGCGUUUGUGCGGCUGCCGCACCUGCUGCUGCCCGCGCCGUGGACGCGGGAGUGGCGGCGGCAGCAGGGGCGGCUGGACGGGGUAGGGCUGGGUGACGACGACGAGGAGGCUGGUGGGGCGGCCGCGGGCUUCGCUGCAGUCAGCUCUGGGCCCUGGCAGCCAGCACGCUCCCGGCUGUAG